GGGGAGAGGUAAAGACAAGCGUAGAAGGUAGGAAAAUAAACAAAAAGAAGUCAUCUUUGAUAUAAGCUACGGAUCCAGAGACGACAAAUCCGUAAUAUGUAAUCUGGCCUGCGUCUAAUCUGGGGGAGGAAUUAUGCCACGUUAUGAUUCUCCUCUCUAACGGAGGCUCCAUGCCAAAAAACAAACAAGAAACUGGAAGCACGCAAAUGGGUGGGCUGCUUCUGCUUGUCCUCUCUGUUCGUCCUCUGUAAGUUGUGAUCCGUGCAUCUAUGCUUUGCUUUGGAUCCUUCGAAUAAGCUUUCUUCCUCAUUGUCUGCUUCCCUGGGACAAGACCCAACAUAGAGUGUAGUAACAGAGGUGAAAAGUUUAUAGUUUUUAAUCUCACUUGAAUCGCCCUCAGGCGCAUAUUUAAUGGAAUUUAGAGCACAUUCGGUUUCCCAAGGUGUAACAAUUCAACCUUGCUUAUGAUGUAUCGAUAAGGAUGUGGAUUGGGUCUCUGUGAUUUCAGCAAUUUUAGCUGUUUUAAAAUCCCCCUGGUCCCGGUGCAUUGUUUUGUUAAUUGGUUGGGUCAUUUUCAGUCUUGUUUUAUGGUUCUGUUCAAUGUGUCUGUUCAAAAGUCUGAACUUUCUAAUUCUACCUUGGGACUUGUAAAUUAAUGCCCUUGGAAAGUUCAACCGGUGCGAGGUUAUAAUAUAAGUUGGUUGCUGGGUGCACAUUUCAUCUUGCCCAAUUGGAUUGACAGAGCAGACGCACUGUUCUGUGAAGGUUGGAGUUGUUGUGGAUGCAGGCGUUUCAUGUUGAGCUAUAAUUCAUUCAAAUUUAGAAUCUUUUAUUUGGUAUUGGAGUCAAUUAGAGUCAAUUGAGGUAGUGGCUUCUUUUUGGGUAGUUCAUCAUUGGUUCAGGUGUGAGUUAUUGCCCUAUAAUUCAUAUGGAUCAGUUAAGAUAGGAAUCUAUGAUCUUGCAUUUGUUGCUUGAGUGCUCUACCAAUUGAAUUAUUGGCUUUUUUUAAAUCAGUCUAUCAUGAAUUUGGGUGAGUUAUUGACCUAUAAUUCAUAUGAAUCAAUCAAAAUUUACAUCUAGAAUCUUUCAUUUGCUACUGAAGUGCUCCACCAACUGAACUAGUGGCCCCUUUUUUGUCAGCCCAAUCAACUCAUCUCCACUGGAGAGUGGUUAUUUCCAACAUCCCCUUAAAUUUCAAUUAGCUUGGUGCUCUGAACCUGACUCUGAUACCACACUUCUGACAAAGACAAUAUUGAUAGAAAUGCAGUGGAGGUGAUUGAUUUAGACUACCCAAAUCAUUAAGUUGUAAGCACCAGUGCUUGUGGGUAAGAGAAGAUAAGAGUCAAUUAGGAGAGAAAAUGAAGUUUAGAUUUGGGAGCGAAGAGUACAACAGAUGGAACGGAUCUCCACAGAGCUCAUCAGAGGGGAGGUCGCCCAGCAGCUCUGGUGAUCUACUCUCGCCGCUGACAUCCUUCUCAACAAUGUCGCUAGCUUCUAUCUUAUCACCGCAGAGCACGUUGAACCCAUCAGAGGAGCGGGGGCUCUGUCUCGUCAACCUUCUGGUGGCCUGUGCAAACAACUUAGCGGUUGGUCACACGGAGAACACCGACCUGUGCCUGCAGCAUUUGUCGUUGCUGGCCUCUCCAACAGGAGAUCCCAUGCAACGGGUGGCCACGUACUUCACAGAAGCCCUGGCGGCCCGAAUAACAAAGGCCUGGCCAGGUCUCCACAAGGCUCUCAAUUGCACUGUCCUGCCAUCGCCCGUGGACCGGCUUUCGGCCCGGCAGAUGUUGUUCAACCUCUGCCCCUUUCCCAAGGUCUGCUAUGCGGCAGUGAACCAGAGCAUCAUGGAGGCCAUGCAAGGCGAAGGCUUUAUCCACAUCAUCGACCUCAACGACUGCGAGCCCAUACACUGGGCAUGGCUGAUGCAUUCUCUAGCCACCCGGUCCGGAGGUCCGCCCAAUUUGAGAAUCACAGCCGUGAGCGAACACAAACAAGCAUUGGAUAACACGGCGCGGGUGCUGGCAGAGCAAGCAGAGAGACUGCACAGCCCUUUCCAGUUCCACCCAGUUCUCUCCACCCUGGAAAAUUUGAAAACAGAGGACGUCAAAGUUAAGAUCGGGGAAGCCCUAGCAAUCAGCUCUGUUCUGCAGCUGCACACGCUUCUGGCCGAGGAAGACAACGACCCGACCCGCCCACAGAAACGACCCUGGUGGCCGCUGGUCCGCCCGUCUCCACGCUUCCAAAAUACCACCUUGGACGAUCUUCUGAAAAACGAUCGGAGAACCAGUGCGCCCACGCCGUCAGAGAUCGAAGAAGCCAUUGCCAUAAAUGCAGCAGCCACCGCCGCCGGAAUGGGAUCUCCUCGGCGCGCUCGGAUAGACCGGUUUCUGAAUAUGCUGCGGGGGCUGUCGCCCAAGAUUAUGGUUGUGGUCGAACAGGACUCCGACCACAACAGUGCCCUGUUUACGGAGCGCAUGGUUAAGGCCAUGCAUUACUACGGUGCCGUGUUCGAUUCCCUGGCCUCCGACAGUUUCCGGCAGCGAAGCUUGGAGAGGGUGGCAGUGGAAAAGUAUCUGUUUGGGGAGGAGAUUAAAGACAUAGUGGCCUGCGAGGGAAGGGAGAGGAAGGAGAGGCACGAGGAAUUGGACAAGUGGGUAAAGAGGAUGGAGGGAGCGGGAUUUGGUCGUGUGCCUGUGAGCUAUGAGACAGUACUCCAGGCCAAAGCCUUGCUUCAUUCUCAGUCUCAGUCUCAGUCUCAUUCCACCAAUGAAAAUUCCCUCUUCAGACUUAAUGGCGAGCAUGGCUGCCUUGUGCUUGGCUGGCAGGAUCAUUCCCUCUUCUCUAUUUCAGCAUGGCGCUCCUCAUAAAUAUGCAGUUAUCUCUCUAUCAAACUUUCUUUUUGGGGAAGAAAACAGGGAUUAAAAAAAAUAAAAUUGUAAACUUUAUAGCAUAAAUAUGUUCUCUUUAUCACACUUGCUUUUUGGAGAAGAAAACAGAGAUUAAAAAAAGUAAACUUUAUAGCAUAAAUAUGCAGUCCUCUCUUUAUCAAACUUGCUUUUUGGAGAGGAAAACAGAGAUAAAAAAGUUUACAGCAGAUAUGAAAGAAUGAAUGUUUGCAGCAGCAGCAGAUAAACUGCAUAAGAAGCAGCUUUGAUCUGAAGCACACUUGCUCACAUCUCUAGUGGUGCAGUGGCUGCUGUAUUUAGAGAUUUCAUAUAGAUCUUUGGAAUAGAUGAUAGAAGACUGUGGAAGGAAGAAUCUAUAAAAAGAGAGCAAAUGUGUGCAGAUGUCAAAUGCUGAAAUGUGAGGUGCUGAGAUACAGUGUUAUCAAAUAAAACAUUAUUUCCAACAUUGCUUCUCCUCCUCUCAUGAUGUAAUUAUGCCCGCAAAUACGACUCUGUACUACCUGGCCACUGUUUUCACUCACUGCGAUUUCAACUUGUCACAGUGGAAGAAUAUCUUCCAAGGUUUUUUAUUCUGCCAAAUCAGUGGUUCUA